AGUUGUUUAGUUAAGUAUGUUGCCUCACAUGCUUAGUAAAUUUUCGUAUGGAGUAAUAAUAUUUCUGAUGUUAAAUUUAAUCAAAGCAACGAUUUUUUGAUAUCACAAUGGGUAUGAAACUAAUAUUAUUUCUAGCUCACUAUUUUGUUGUGGUUUUAAGUCACGAAGCUACUGACAAAUUUCAUGAAGAACUUCUGAUCAAACCUCUUGCAAGCGGACAUGUAUAUACAUACUUCCAAUUUACAACUUUAUGGCAGAAGCAACACCAUCAAAAUGCAUUUGACCAUUGCCACCUGUUCCCAAGGCCGCUGGGUGAGUUGAUCGACAGAUUCAACAUAAGAGAACUGCAUAUCAGUCUGACUGGUGGCCUCUGGCGUCAUGAGUCUUGGGGCUAUCCGGUUAAUGAUGCCCCUCCUGGCGCGGAACUCUGGGUGUGGUUUAAACCUGGCACACAAGACGUGAACAAGAACUGGAAGGAAUUAAAUGGAGCAUUGUCAGGGUUGUUGUGUGCAUCGCUCAACUUUAUCGAUGCGUCCAACAGCAUGAGUCCGGAGAUGAGCUUCAGGCCGCUAGGAAUUGAUGACCCAACUCAACCAAGCAACUCCACGCUGCUGAGAUAUGGUACACUUCCCAGGGAAAUCGUCUGCACCGAAAACUUGACUCCUUGGAAAAAACUUCUCCCUUGUGAUUCUAAGAAAGGGUUGGCAACACUUUUGAAUGCAGGUUACAUUCACAAUACCAACUACCACUCUCUGGGAGUCCACUUUAGACCAGUCUGUCAGAAUAAGGAUUGCUCGGUGACUGGUCUAGAGCUGCGGCAGACAGUGUCUCUAGUGUACGACCUGGUCAUACUUGGUGGAUCCUCUCCUGAUUGGUCGGUCAGGAAGCUGUUUGGCAUCGGAUUGGCCGGUCCUUGCCCUCUGGCUGCCUCCAGCACCAUCUACAUAGACAUCACUGCCAAUCAGACAGGACAAAUGUUCCGAUUGAACCCGCUGCCAGACAGAACAGUGACCAGUCUGCGAGGUGGCCACCAGACUGAGCUGGCUGUCUACAAUGUGGCUCGGCUGGACCCUGAAGGCAUGUUCAACAUUGCUCUAGUACAUGACAAACCUCGUGUGUUUGCUCAAAACAUUCCACCCGCCAUCUACGCCAACAGAUAUAUUGUCGGAUAUGGCCAGGAAUAUGGCGGCAUUGUGACCAAAAUCCACAAUCGCCAUUGGCAACCGAUUACAGUGAUUUUCUUGGAGAACAUUCCCUGGUUUGUGCCUAUAUAUCUUCACACUCUCCGAAUUGUGAGUCAGGGACGAACCAUCAAGCCUUUGGUGAAGCGCUACACACCAGGCAGAGAGCGCCAGAGACCCUACUACCUAGAGGUGAUGGUGGAGCUGCCAGCCAGGUCAGUCACAGAGGUGUCUGUACAGUUUGACUACGUGUUCCUCAAGUGGCAGGAGUAUCCACCAGACGCUAAUCACGGUUUCUACAUCAGCUCUGCGGUGAUCACAGCAUUACUGCCAGUCGCUCGGAACUACACAGGACUGCCUCAGGAUGGGACACUGCUCUCGUCUAGUAUCAAUGCGUCACGGGACGGCUAUAUGGUGCGACUGCGAACAGAGUCACUAAUCAUCACUCUACCUACUCCGGACUUCAGCAUGCCUUACAACGUCAUCUGUUUGGCCUGCACAGUCGUUGCUCUGGCAUUCGGACCUCUGCACAACAUCACUACUAAGAAAUUACAACUGACCAAAGCUGGGGAGCCUAAGGGAGUGUUUGCUUUGUUGUCUAAUAGGUCGACCAAGUUUUUAGUCGGCUUGGGGCUUGUGGCAGCAGCUGCAGUUUUUGGCCUAAGACAUUUCAAUAUAAUUGAUUUUUAGACCAAUAAUUAAGGUAUUUGUAAAUCCCACUACAUGUAAAUUUGUAUAUGUUUGUAUUAUACAUUCAGUGAUGUACAGAUGCCAACAAGGUCAAGGCCCGCUGGUGUUUUUGUGUGUGUGUGUGUAGUUUCAGACCUCUAGUCUCCAUGAACAAAAUGAUCAUGGGUGAAUGCAGUUAUGAAAGACUUUGUAGUGAAUUUUCAUAUUUAUUAAUGACUUUUGUAAUAAUUAUUUGCUUGACUAUUGCUUGAAUAAACUCUUUAUGUAUAAAACAAUUAUAAUUUUUCUAUUUAUUUUAUCAGUAACUUUGUAAGAA